AUGGCAGAAAAUCUUCGGAAGUGUGUGAUAUCAAGAAGCAUUGAUGACUGGAAUAUUGAGUUUUGUUGGGCUAAAAGAAACGUGCAGAAGAAGUGUUUCAUGUCUACUCUUCAGCCUACAUAUGGCCUGUGUAAAGAAAUAAACUCCAGAACUCAUGAAGGCAAAGAAGCAGCUUCAGAAGAUCUUGUUGAGUGGAUGAUUAUUUGCAGUAUAAAAUGCAGACUGCACAAAGGCCGAACUUUGCAGGAAGCUUUAGUUAAUGCCAAGCACACCCUAAUUGCUUGCCGAGGGGGAUUAAAAGGGCCAACUGGUAAAAGCACCAAAGCCAGCAAUUUGCCGGAGAUAAGUUCUCCAAAAAUUGCAAGCAAAGAAUCUUCCUAG